UGUUUGAACAUCCCUGACAGUGAGAAAAACUUCUCCCAAAGCUGUUCGUUCCAUUUUCAAAAGGCUACACCUGUUCUUUACUUUGUUAAACUGUAAUCUUAAACACACACACACACACACACACACACACACACACACACAAUGUAGGGAAUGUGAAAGACUACCACAGAGGGGGGAUAAAAGCUAUUUUCAGGGCUAGCAGGUGGAUUGGCCCAAGCAGUCACACUAGAAUCUAUGGAUAAAAGUUACAUUUGCCAGCUCCGGGCUUCUAACACGUCUGAAAUUAUCUAUGUGAAACACUUAGCACAAUGCCUGGCAUGUGAUAAGCACUCAAUAAAUCACUGCCUUCCUCUUCACCAUGGUUCCUAAAAACUGGCAAUUCUAACUUCUCUCUCCUAGUACCAUGGACAGAUGACUAAUCUAGUUGACAUAAUUUGUCCCAGCAGCUUCAGUUUCAUUUAAAGCAGGUGUUGUUUUAUAAUCUCCUCAGUUUCCUCUUACCAGUGUUAGUUCUAAUUCAUUAAACAUUUGAAUGCCAAUUAAUUGCCAGCCACUAUACUAGGUAUAAUAUACAAAGAUAAAUACAAUACCAUCUCUGCCUUCAAGGCACUUACCAUCAUUUACUGAGCACCAGUUAUGUGCCCGGUAUGUCCCCAGGCCUUGGGGAUGCAAAGAUGAAUAGCCUUGAGCAUACAGCCUAGUGGAGGGAGACAGAUAAGUACAAGGAAGUGUUGGGGGGGGGGGCUAUAGUGGGAAAGUAUCAUACAGAGGCAAAGGGGAAAAGGGUCAGGCAGGAAAGGGAGCAUAGAGAAGGUGACACAAUCCGUAUUUUGAAAGAUGGGGAUUUGCCAGGUGGAAGGGAAAAAGGAUCCCAGAGGGAAGCAGAGCCUAUUUCUUGGGGGAACAGGGAAUAACAUGUGACUGAAAAACAGGGCAUAUGUCCUGCCAGAAUUGACAGGCAGGGGCAAGGACUGGUGGGUGUGUAGCAAGGAUGCUGUGUUAAGUAGCUUAUCUUAUCCUGAGAGCAGUGGGAAGCAAAGUGAGCAGAUCUGUAUUAGAAAGAUGACUCUGGCCGCACUGUAGAGAAUGAAUUGGUGGAGGCAGGACUAUUUAAAGACUUGUAAUAGUAUCUCAGGCAGAAUAUGAGGAAGGCUUGAACUGGGCAAUGGUGGCUGGAGAUUAAGACAUGGAUUUGAGAAAGUUUAAGGAAGUAGAAUCUGCUGCACUUGGUUGCCAUUUGAGUGAAAAGAAAGGGAAGGUGGGACUUCCCUGGUGUUCAGUUGUUAAGAAUCCGCCUUCCGAUGCAGGGGACUCCCGGCUCCAUCCCUGGUUGGGGAACUAAGAUCCCACAUGCUGGGGCAACUAGGCCCCUGGCGCUCUGGAGCCUGCAUGCCACAACUAUAGAGAAGCCUGCAUGUCACAACUAUAGAGAAGCCCACAGGCGGCAACAAAAAAUCCCACAUGCUGCAACUAAGACCCCACACAACCAUAAAUAAAUUAAACGAGAAAAAAAAAAAAGGGAAGGUGUCAAAAAUGUUUCUUGGGUGUCUGGCUAAGAGACAGAUGUAAUUCACUAAUUGGAGGUGUUACCUGCUAUACCAGAUAGGUGUGCAGAGUGCCAUGGAGGGGUGCUUAUCGUUCCGCCCAUGGCUGGUGGGAGAUGACACGUGAAUCCAGAAAUCAUUCCGUCUGGGGAUCAUUUUCCUAAACAGAAGAUGGGAGGAAAAGAGGAGCUGAGGAUUUAGAGUUGUUCCCCUUUGUCAUUUACCUAUCACACCCCUGGUUCAUCCCCAAGUGUCUUGCCUAAAUUUCCCGGGGGAAGUCCCGGAAGCCGGGCUUCCUUCCCACCCGGCGGAAGGCUCCGAGGGGAAGCCCGCUGGGCCACUAGAGGGCGCGGAGUGGGCCGCAGAGACCCCAGAGCCGCGUUAUGGCGGCGGCGAGGGUGCUUCUCCUGUCCGGACGGCCGGAGUCGGUGAGCUUCGCGCAGAGCGUGUGUGGCCUCCUGGGCGCCGGGCCGGGGCUCGGGCCGUGGCCCACGUACUGCGGCCUCAAGCGGGGAGAACUCGUCCUCUCGGACAGGCCGUUCCCAGGAGCCUCCGCCAGGCUUCCGCUCCAGCGACCCCCUUUCUGCCCUUUUUCGGCCGUGGAUCAGCAGCCCAGGGCUUCUGGGGCCGAGCUGCCCACGAAUCGAGGUGUGGAUCUGGCUGUGGCGGUCGUUCUGCAGUCCAGCGAUCAGACUGUCUUGCUGACCCGAAGGACACAAACUCUCAACGUUUCCCCCAACCUCUGGGUACCCCCAGGUGGGCACGUGGAGCCUGAUGAAGAGCUGCUGGACGGAGGACUUCGAGAGCUUUGGGAGGAGAGUGGACUACAGCUGCCCCAGGGCCAGUUCUCUGGGGUCCCUCUGGGGUUAUGGGAGUCUGCCUACCCUCCUAGGCUGAGCUGGGGUCUCCCCAAAUACCAUCACAUCAUUCUCUAUCUACUUGUCAUUUCCCAGGAGUCACAGCAGCAGCUACAGGCCCGGAUCCAACCAAACCCAAGAGAGGUGAGCGCCCUUAUGUGGCUGGGACCAGAUGUAGCAGCUGCGGUGGCUGCCACAGAGGAUGGGACAGAGACACCCAGACAUCUUCCCCAGGACCUACCGCCUUCUGUCCUUGCGGUGGAACUAGAAGAGAAUGGAGGAGCUCGACCUCUGGUCUUGCCCACGUCCACACUGCUGCGGACGACCCCAGCCACGGCAGAUAGCAAAGAGAGGGUCAGCACUGGGACCAAGUUUGCCCUCAGGCUCUGGCUACAGCAUCUGGGCAGGUAGAGCUGGGAUAGCAGCUGAAGUGACAGGACAGUGCUUCUUCGUCGGGGGCAGGUCCUCCUCGUCUGAUGAGCUUUCUAUUGUCAAGUCAAUAACUUCAACCUUCUUCUUAUUCUCUGAUGGAUUGCCCUCUUGGACUGGGCUAUACUGGAGGCCUGUGGUUGGUAAGAAGACUGUGUCUCAGAGAAGAGGCCAUACAAGACUUAGCUCAACUGGGGGACAGGGGGUCACUCACCAUCCAGCCCAUACCCUGGCGGGGGGCAAACCUCAGAUGCCUCCUUCUUGGGUUUCAUUGGGCACCAGGAUCCAUCUUCCAUGAACUGGAUCUCAUCACAAUCCGAGCAGGAAUUAAGAAUCUCCAUGAAUAAACUAGGGGAGGGGAGAGAUAGGAAUUCAUGUGGCUGGGAGAUGGCUGCAACAGUAGCCAGGGAGUUCUGGGACUCACCUUCCUGAACCUCAGUUUCCUCACCUGUAAAUUAGGGAUGUUAUCCACCCUCCUGACCUCUCUGAGUUGUUGGAAUCAAAUAAAGUAAGGUGCAUAAAAGAGCUUUGAAAAUUUUUAA